GCCUCAGCAGAAGUAAAGGCGCACCGAUGCGCCCCGCAGGCAGGACUCUGCCAGCCCCUCGUUCUUCCCGAGCCGCUGCCCCUGGAGGUUACUGGACCUGCGCUGCGUUCAGCUAUGAAAUUUCUGUUGGUUUUUGAUUUUGACCAUACAAUCAUAGAUGAAAAUAGUGACACCUGGAUUGUGAAAUGUGCUCCUGAAAGAAAACUUCCUAAUGGAUUAAGAAACUCUUACCAGCCGGGACAUUGGACAGAAUAUAUGGGUAGAGUCUUUGUCUACCUGGGAGACAAUGGUGUCAAAGAAGAUGAGAUGAAAAGAACUAUGACAACAAUUCCUUUCACUGCAGGAAUGAUAGAUCUUCUGGGAUUUAUUGGCGAGAACAAGGAGUUGUUUGAUUGUAUAAUUGUUUCAGAUUCUAAUACAGUAUUUAUUGACUGGAUUUUGAAAGCUGCUGACUUCCAUAAAGUGUUUGAUGAAGUGUUUACAAACCCUGCAGCAUUCAGCAGUACUGGCUAUCUUACUGUACAGCACUUCCAUGCUCACCAUUGUACAAAGUGCCCUAAAAACCUUUGCAAAAGGAAAGUUUUAAAAGAAUUUCUAGACAAACAGUUGGAGCGCGGAGUGAGUUAUACACAAAUUAUAUAUAUAGGUGACGGUGGGAAUGACUUAUGUCCAGUAAUGUUUUUGAAGAAGAAUGAUAUUGCUAUGCCCAGGCAGGGGUAUACCUUGGAGAAAAGGAUUUCUCAGCUGGCCCAAAGUCUCAGUCCUGUACAGUGUUCUGUUCUGGUUUGGUCAUCUGCAAUCGACAUUAUGUCUUACCUGAAAUCACUUAUAAAGGAAUGAUUCAAAUGAUAAAAGGAAACUGAUGCAGUUACAUUUUAGCUUGUUGGGAGAGAAAAACUACAUGUGUAUAAAAGCUCAAAAUUGUAUAAUUGGACUAUUAUCUGAAAUUAUGGGGUUUUUAACCACAACAUAAAACUGUUUAUGUUCAAUGCUGGUGAUAAUGGGAAAGUGCAGUAAAAAAGGCCUUCUAACACAGUA